AUGGCAGUAUUAGUCAGUUAAAUUUUUCUCAAGCUGUAAUGUUACCAAAUUUGUAGCAUUGCACUUUAUAUUAUCCGUAUUUAUAGGUCGUAUAGGGGUUAAGGCCGUGCCGAGUGAGUGCAUGAGAUAUGGUAGCUAAAAAUAAUAGAUGACGUACAAAAUUGUCACUUUUAAGCCAAGACAGGCCUCCACGCAGCUUAAGUGGUUGCAGAUUAGCUCGAAGAGUGCAACAAUUUGAGUCUUCUCAAGAAAAUUAUCAAAGUGCAAUGAUGUCUCCUGCUAAAACUGCUACCUCAUUUGCUAUUCUUCUUGCUGUGCUGUUUUCACAAGCCAAUGGAAACCCAGCAAAGCCGUGCAACCCGGAUAAGUGUAAGCUUCCCGACUGUUUUUGCAGUGGCACCAAAAUCCCUGGGAAUUUGUCCGCAUCCUCGAUCCCUCAGAUUGUAAUGAUCACGUUUGAUGCAGCCGUUAACAGCGGCGGGUUCUCUCUAUACGAAGAGUUAUUCAACGGCCAGUUCAAAAAUCCAAAUGAUUGCAACAUCUCCGCGACGUUCUUCGUUAAGCACGAGUACACGAACUACUGCAUGGUUCAAGCACUGUACAAUCAGCGCCACGAAAUCGCGGAUAACUCCAUUUCCCGCCGACUUCCCAUCAGUUGGUGGAAAACCGCGACAGAAAAACAACUCACUGAGGAGAUAGUGGGGAUGAGAGAGAUUCUAAGAAAAUGGGGUUACGUGAAUCCUGAAGAUGUGAAGGGCUACCGGGCGCCAUACAUCCAGGUUGGUGGAAACACAGAGUUCAAAACUCUGCAAGACGCACUCUUUUUGUACGAGUCUUCAAUGCCCACUCAGAUGUACAGGGAUCCUCCGCUCUGGCCUUACACUCUGGAAUAUCGAUCAACUCAAGAUUGUGUGAUCGAGCCAUGCCCGACUGAUUCCUUUCCUGCACUGUGGGAAGUACCACUGGUUGAUUACAACAGCAAAGACGGGCAGUUGUGUAAUUUCAUCGACUCCUGUACCCCGCCUGAUACAGCCCAAGAAGCCUUCGAACUGUUUGACUCCAAUUUCGAACGACACUACACGACCAAUAGGGCUCCGUUUUUCAUGCUUCUAGAGGAACAAUGGCUGGCUAAUAGCACUUACUUUGAAGGUAUGUUCACUUGA